CCAACGUGCCAGACUGUCCUUAUUGUCUUUCGGAAACUGCUAAAACUACCAAAAAACGUCGUGUCACACAUGCUGUCACUGUUGGACCGACAAGCGCACGAUCUGGAGGAAAAGGUCAAAAUCAAGACAGCCGAUUUGUUGGAUGAGAUGCGCAAAUCCGAUUCGCUUCUUGCAGAAAUACUCCCGCAAUCGAUUAUUCAGCGUUUACGAAACAAAGAACCAAUCACCGCGGAAUCCUUCAGCAGUGUGUCCAUUCUGUUCAGUGAUAUUCCGGCUUUUGCCAUACUUCUGCAACGCUGCACUCCCAUUGAGUUGAUCAGUAUCCUGAAUGAUACCCAUUCAGAAUUCGACGGCGUCGUCCACGAUUUCAACGCAUAUAAAGUGGAAACCAUUGGCGACUGUUAUAUGAUCUCCAGUGGUGUGCCAUUGCCAAAUGAAGACCACGCUGGAGAGCUUUGCCAGCUGAGUUUGGCAUUGCUGGAAGCCCCGCUGACGUUUCAAGCAGCCCAUGAUGUUGUUUUAACCGCACGAACUGGGAUCAAUUCAGAAGCUUCUGCCCUGCCAAGAUCUUCUCCUCCAAGACCUUGAACGGUAGCGCGGAUGGCCAGCCGAGUAUCUCGGCAUAUUCUGUAAACGAACAUCUCGAUUAAC